CUCCAAGAUGGCGCCCUCACAGAAGAGAUCAAUUGAAGACGACUUUGUCCAUACUCUCUCGGACAACGAUGACGACGCGCUGAAGGAGGAGGAAGUCGUCAUUGAGCCACCCAAGAAGAAGGCCAAGACGAACAAGAAGUCGGGCAAGAAGAACAAGGAUGAGGAGCCUCAGCCGGAAGAAGUCGAGGGCGUGUGGGGAGACAAGGGCGAGGAUGACGGCGCCAUGGACUCUGACUUCGAGUUCAUGCUAGACGACGCUGGCGAUCUCGGCGAGGACGAAUUCGAGGGAUGGGGAUUCGAAGGCGCAAAGAAGGGCAUGGCCGUCGAGAAGGCCGGCGUCGACCUGGACGAGAUUAUCCGAAGACGGAGAGAGAAGAAGAACAAGAAGGACGACAAGGAGGCCGAGGACGCUGAGGAAGACGGAGCAGACAUUGACAUGGACGACGACGAGGAUGGCGUGUUGGCAGACGACGCCUUUGGCAUGAACGUGGACCCAGACGCCGAGGAGUCUGCGGACGAGGUCGACGCCAACAGCGACAAAGACGAUGAAGACAAAGACGAGGACGAAGAUGACGACGCCGCUUCGGAUAACGAUUCGGUAGCUACGCCGGUCAACCACCCCGACGAUAUGUCUGACGAUGACGACGACGAGGAAGACGCCGAGGAGAAGGCCAAGCGCGAUGCCUUCUUUGCGCCCGAAGAAAAACCAAAGCCCGGGCAGAAGGUGGACGUUUCGUCUUUCCAGGCCAUGUCUCUGUCGCGACCAAUCCUGCGCGGUAUCACCACUGUCGGCUUCACAAAACCGACCCCCAUUCAGGCCAAGACGAUCCCUAUCGCUCUUAUGGGCAAGGAUGUUGUUGGUGGUGCAGUUACGGGUUCAGGUAAAACAGCAGCCUUUGUGCUUCCCAUCCUGGAGCGACUCCUGUAUCGACCCAAGAAGAUUCCCACCACUCGCGUCGUCAUCCUUACUCCCACCCGUGAGUUGGCCAUUCAGUGUCAUGCUGUGGCUACGAAGCUGGCGGCGCAUACAGACAUCAAGUUCACGUUGGCUGUUGGAGGUCUUAGCUUGAAGGCUCAAGAGGUGGAACUGCGUUUGAGACCGGACGUCAUUAUUGCCACGCCUGGACGAUUCAUCGAUCACAUGCGAAACUCGGCCAGUUUCUCCGUCGACACGGUCGAGAUCCUGGUGCUUGACGAAGCUGAUCGAAUGCUUGAGGAUGGAUUUGCCGAUGAACUGAACGAAAUUCUCACUACCCUGCCCAAAUCACGCCAAACCAUGCUCUUCUCCGCUACCAUGACUUCGACCGUCGACCGUCUUAUCAAAGUCGGACUCAACAAGCCCGUCAGGGUCAUGGUGGACUCUCAAAAGAAGACUGCAGGCACACUUAUUCAGGAAUUUGUUCGACUUCGUCCCGGUCGCGAGGAAAAGCGGAUGGGUUACUUGGUCCAUAUCUGCAAGAACCUCUACACAGAAAGGGUCAUCAUCUUCUUCCGCCAAAAGAAGGACGCCCAUAGGGCUCGAAUCAUCUUUGGCCUCUUGGGCUUCUCCUGCGCGGAGCUUCACGGUAGCAUGAACCAGACACAGCGUAUUUCCAGUGUCGAAUCAUUCCGAGACGGCAAGGUGAAUUAUCUGCUGGCAACAGACUUGGCCUCUCGUGGUCUUGAUAUCAAGGGCGUCGAUACUGUCAUCAACUACGAGGCUCCCCAGUCCGUGGAGAUUUACGUGCACAGAGUCGGUCGAACGGCCCGUGCCGGACGUCACGGUGUGUCGGUCACGCUCGCUGCCGAGCCCGACCGCAAAGUCGUUAAGGCGGCCGUCAAGGCCGGCAAGGCGCAGGGAUCCAAGAUCAUCAGCCGCGUCAUCGAGGCCAAGGACGCCGACAAAUGGCAGGCUGAGAUUGACGCUAUGGAUGAUGAAAUCGAAGAGAUUGAGAGGGAGGAGAAGGAGGAGCGACAGCUUGCUCAGGUGGAGAUGCAGAUCAGGAAGGGCGAGAACAUCAUUCAGCACGAGGCCGAGAUCAAGUCAAGGCCAAAGCGAACAUGGUUCGAGACGCAGCAGGACAAGAAGAACGCCAAGCAGGCCGGGAGAGAGGAGCUGAACGGGCCACAAGCCGGAAAGAAGAAGGCUGGCACCACGAAGCUGAGUAACAAGGACAAGAAGAAGCUCGACGCAAAGGCACAACGGGCGGAGGGCAUGGGCUGGAAGAAGGGCAAGAAUGACGCAGCCAACGCUGUGGCAAAGAGCAAAAAGAAGGCACCUGUCAAAGGCAAGACACCUGUCAAGAGUAAGGCACCUGUCAAGGACAAGGCGCCUGUCAAUGGUAAGGC